AUGGGAACCAAGAUCCUUCCCGAUAUCUGCUUUUCGCCGGCGCCGUCGACUUUUGAUCGUCCGUUCCGCAUUCACGUGCAAAAUCGUACGUUUCUAAUCGACGCCGAAUGUAUGAGAAAAAUCUCUCCGGUUUUCUCAGCGAUGUGUUACGGAAAGGAUUUCGAAGGAGGUCGAGAAUUAUCCAGAGAUAUUGUGGAUGAGAAAUGUGAUGACAUUGACACCUUUCUGCGUGCUGUUCAUGUUGCAAACGUUAUCAACGGUUAG